ACAACUACAACACCUGAAACAACUACAACAACACCUGAAACCACUACAACACCUGAAACAACUACAACACCUGAAACAACGACAACAACACCUGAAACAACUACAACACGUGAAACAACUACAACAACACCUGAAACAACUACAACACCUGAAACAACUACAACACGUGAAACAACUACAACAACACCUGAAACAACUACAACACCUGAAACAACUACAACAACAUGCCCUGAAACAACUACAACAACACCUGAAACAACUACAACACCUGAAACAACUACAACAACACCUGAAACAACCACAACACCUGAAACAACUACAACACCUGAAACAACUACAACAACACCUGAAACCACCACAACACCUGAAACAACUACAACACCUGAAACAACUACAACAACACCUGAAACAACUACAACACCUGAAACAACUACAACAACACCUGAAACAACUACAACACCUGAAACAACUACAACAACACCUGAAACAACUACAACAACACCUGAAACAACUACAACAACUGAAACAACUACAACAACACCUGAAACCACUACAAUAACUGAAACAACUACAACACCUGAAACAACUACAACAACACCUGAAACAACUACAACAACUGAAACAACUACAACAACACCUGAAACUACAACAACACCUGAAACAACUACAACAACACCUGAAACAACUACAACACCUGAAACAACUACAACACCUGAAACAACAACAACACCUGAAACAACUACAACACCUGAAACAACUACAACAACAUGCCCUGAAACAACUACAACAACACCUGAAACAACUACAACACCUGAAACAACUACAACAACACCUGAAACAACUACAACAACACCUGAAACCACUACAAUAACUGAAACAACUACAACACCUGAA